UUCAUUCAAAACAGCAAGAGAGAAUCUGGGUCAAUACUUUUGUUUGAUGUGUCUCCCCACAGCAUACAAAGAGAAGAUGAAGGAGCUUUCCCUCGUCUCCCUCAUCUGCUCCUGUCUCUACCCAGAGGCACGCAAGAACAUCAUGAGUGAGUUUGAAGACAUGGAGGUUAAGCCCAUUAAUAAGCGGGCUUCUGGCCAGGCCUUUGAGGUCAUCCUGAAGCCACCCUCUCCCAUGGCUGACGGCUCUUACAGCAUCACUACACCUCCCAAAAAGAGGGACAUGUCCCUGGAGGAUAUCCAGAAGAAGCUGGAGGCAGCAGAGGACAGGAGGAGAUCCCAGGAGGCUCAAGUCCUGAGGGCGCUGGCUGAGAAACGUGAGCAUGAGCGGGACGUCCUGCUGAAAGCCAUGGAGGAGAACAGCAACUUCAGUAGGAUGGCAGAGGAGAAACUCAUCAUGAAGAUGGAGCAGAUCAAGGAGAACCGUGAAGCCCUCAUUGCAGCCAUGCUGGAACGACUGCAUGAGAAGGAGAAGCACGCUCAGGAGGUGCGCAGAAACAAGGAGCUGAGGGAAGAGUUGACAGCAUGAACACAUCUCUCUAGACCCACUGUCCCAUCAGCCCACAACACCCCCGUCCCCUUACCUGCGACCUCCCAUCCCCAGAGAAACCCCCUCUCGCCCCGCCAUCGCUGCACCAUGUAGAAAAGAGCCUCUGGCACCCUGCCCCCCUGCCCUGCCCCGCCCAGACGAAGGGAAUCGACCCCGCCCCUUCACCAACAGCAUCCUCCCUCAUAUAGUCCAGAAGAUAAAAGGAACACCAUUUACUGCAGAAAAAAGAAAUGUUUUUGAUCAAUUUGAAACCAGUUAAAGUGGGUGUGGUUUUUUUGUAAAUACUUCCUAUUUGUUUUAUAUGAGACGAUGAAAAGUAUUGCGGUGUGCUAUUUUAUAAGUUUCUCUCUGUAUCUUUCUCUUUCAGUGGAUGUACUUGUUUCCUCUCUCUCUCUCUCUCUCUCUCUCUCUCUCUAUCAGAUCUGCUACAGUUUCUCUUGUACAAGGCUUUAGUGUUUGUGAGUUUGCUGGCUAGCGAUGUCUUCUCUAAACCAAACAAUCAUUUUAGUGUCUCUAUGUCCAUGUGGAGAGAGUAAAAGCCGCCACAGUACAGUAAACACAGCUUUAACGGUCACUAUCAUUGCAUUCCCAACAAUUUCUAGCAAUUUCUUCAUACAUUCACCUGGUAUAAAGUCACAACACACAGACACACACACUUAUAUGAACCCAGUCAGCAUGGUUUAAUAAAAAACGACAUGUUGCUUGAGAGGAACUGUGGUUGGAGCCACACUGAAGUCAUGUGAUGUCUCUUGACCCGUGCUUGACCAUGGUCUGGGUUGCAUUAAUGCUGACACGUAGCAUCAAGUUAACCUUAAAUUCCUGAGAAUUGCUUAAAGUUCUCAAUUCUGAUUCUUCAUAGAUUUAGGGGAUUUCAGGUGAUAUAAAUGGAUGCUGUGUGUAAAUGUGUGUGUGUCAAGAGCAGUGUGGGUGGACGGUGUUACCAUGUGCCAUGCAAAGUGGCUUUAAUGUCACAAACCUGCCCAUGCUCAUCUUUCACUUCCAGCUGUGUUUUAUUCCCUUCACACAUGUAACUUUGGGAGCAUAAACUGUGGUAAAUAAAGGCUUAGGGUUCUUGAAAUGAGAA